UCACCAACAGGUGGCGUAGUAAACUAGAGUUUGCGCGAUAUAGGCUACGCUGAGGUCGCCCAUUGGUUGUUUGUCAAAGAGAAAGAAAACCUGUUACACUUUACCUGGACACGGUGUGGACAUGAAAAGCCAACGAGAACUUUAAUCGACAAUAUUCUGUCGGGCAAACCAUGAGUUUACGGAUAGGCUACGAUAGAGCUCAGAGCGCUUACUGAAGUCAAACAUGAUGAAGAAGGGAGCUAUGCAGAAGAGCAAGCAGUGGAAUGUGAAGGGAGCCUUGCGGCUGGCGGGUGUCUUUCACUUCCUCCAUUCCUGUGGCUCCGGUUGCCUCCUUCCCUUCCUGACCCUCUACUUUCGACACCUGGGUCUCAGCGCCACCAUGAUUGGUAUCAUCAUGGCGUCCAAGCACCUGCUUGCUCUGGUGUGGCGCCCGUUCUCCAGCGUCCUCGCCAGACAGUAUGACAAGCGGCGGGUGGUCUUAGUGGGCUCUCUGCUCAGCUCGGCAUUGGUGGUUUUGACUCUUCUGCUCUUCCCGUCCGCAGGAAACCAAGCUGAAAGUGGACGGUGUAAUGCUAGUCGACCUGAUGCUAAUCCCACUGCCAUUUUAGAGAGGACAACGGUCCCAUCGCAAUCAAACGCUACUGUUUACUCAAUAAACCAAACAUCUAUAAGUAGCAAACUCCCUGUUGAAGUUACCACACUUGUAAGCUCCAACUGGUCAGCAAGAGGCCUGAGAUCUUUGAAGAAGCCUGAACAGGAAGAAGAUCCUCACAGUGAGUUCCUUGGGAGCCUAAAAGUUAUGGAUGCCCAGCAUCAGAUGUUCUUUCUGGUUCUCAUUGUGAUGGGUUUGUGGGAGUUAAUGGCUGCCCCGUUGGAGUGGACGGCGGAUGAUGGACUCUACGAAUACUUGGAUUUUGUAGACGCCACCGAUCGCUAUACUGGUGUGAAGGUCUGGAAGCCACUUGGAGCUGCUUUUGGCAGCUGUGUGGUUGGAGUUCUUGUAACCAGCCUGUUUUGUCUUACAGGAACUACACUGGAGUUUUACUGCUACACUGUAUUUAUGAUCCUAACCAUCCCCACAGCUGCACUGCUACCUAUCUACCUCCGCAAGCGUGAGCGGCCCACUAGUGGAGGGUUUAAGGCACUACAAUUGGUGCAUGGGAGCUUGCAGGCCAUACUUUGUGCCAUCACUGUCAUUCUGAUGGGCAUGGUGAGCUCAGCUGUGUCCGAUUUCCUCUUAUGGCACAUGCAGGACUGCGGUGCAACCGAAAUCCACAUGGGCAUCUCUUUAGCCUUGGCGCACUUAAGCCAAAUUGGCUUGGCUCCAUUUGCUGGGCGUCUCUCCCGGUUUCUGAAGUGCCACGGUUGGUUGCUAGUACUGGCCGUUGUUAGUUUAGCCCUGCAGUGUCUUUACUAUUCCUUCCUGUGGGGCCCGUGGGCUGUUAUACCCGCUCAACUGCUGGCGGGCUUCAGCACAGGCGCCCUCUGGUGGUCCGUAACAUCGCAAAGUGAAGACAUCGCCACUCCCGACACCGAAAAGACCAUUUUAAGGCUGUUUGAGGUGCUUUCUCUGGAGUUGGGAGCGGCGUUUGGCAGUCUAGUGGCUGGGUUUGUGGUGCAAAAGUUUGGGGUCCAGGUGCUUUUCCAAGGCACGGCAGUCACUCUGGCUUUGUGGAGCAGCGCUCUUGCCGUACUCAAGUGGAAGAUUCCUCGGCAGCGCCGGAUAAACUACUCACGCCUGCUGGCCGCUGACACAGAGAUGAGCGAGUCUGAGUCAGACCAGGAGAAAGACUGGCUUGAGACAGCUAUGGAAGACGACGCCAGAGGAAAUAACAAGUGGACAGUGGAUAAAUCUUAAUCAAUGGAAGCAAAGAGUGACUUAUUAACAGAGGGCAAAUUAAAAGAACCAAGAGUGAAAUAACACUGAAACUGUUCAGUACACUGAAAAUAAUUAUUUUCUUACUUUGUAUUAUUGUCUUGUUUUCCAUUACAAAAAAAAAAAGAUGCAUUUACUUGAGAGGUAAUGACAUAACCAAUGACAUAAGUUUUGUUUUCUAAUAUAAUGC